CUGUGAUCAGAUGUGAGUAGAGAGGAUCAAACCCAUGAAGCGAUAUCAGACACUUUGAUCUUCCAUAUCUUUGGUCAUCCCAGAAAACCGGCGCGUCAUCUCCGGCUUCCUCCUAAAGGAAGUUUCUGUACUUUCUUUGUCACGUUUUCUGUCAUAGAGUUUGAUUAAAGAUUGGAUUUCCUAUGUACUAAACCUUGCCGUGUCUAUAAACACAGACAAUGAACAGAACCCGAUUGAGGAAUCGUGAUCUGACGAUGCAGUUCGUGGACGAGACCUCUUUCUACAACCGGAUCGUUCUGGGCCACCUUCUCCCGGCGAAUCUGUGGGACCCAUUACCUCAUUUUAUCCAGACAUGGCUCCGGAACUACCUAGCCGGAACCCUACUCUACUUCACCUCAGGUUUCCUCUGGUGCUUCUAUAUCUACUACCUUAAGCACAACGUCUACAUCCCAAAAGAUGCCAUUCCCACAAGAAAGGCCAUGGUUUUGCAGAUCUAUGCUUCAACCAAGGCUAUGCCAUGGUACUCGCUUCUUCCGACCGUCUCUGAGUAUAUGAUCGAAAAGGGUUGGACCAGAUGCUUCUCUAGAGCCGAUGAGCAUGGAUGGGCCAUGUAUUCAUUAUACAUCUCUAUCUAUUUUGUUCUUGUGGAGUUUGGCGUAUAUUGGAUGCACCGGGAACUGCAUGACAUUAAACCUCUGUAUAAGUGUCUUCAUUCGACCCACCAUUUGUACAACAAGCAGAAUUCUAUCUCUCCUUUUGCAGGUUUCGCUCUUCACCCAUUGGACGGGAUACUUCAGGCAGUUCCACACGUGGUAGCCCUGUUCAUCGUCCCGACCCAUUUCACAAGCCAUCUGGUUCUGUUUUUUAUGGAUGGGAUGUGGACAACCAACAUCCAUGACUGCAUCCAUGGGGAUGUAUGGCCAAUAAUGGGAGCCGGAUACCAUACCAUACACCACACGACUUACAGGCACAACUAUGGCCAUUACACCAUUUGGAUGGAUUGGAUGUUUGGUUCACUUAGGGAUCCUAUUGAAGAAGAAGAAGAAGGCGACGAUGGCUCCAAGAAAAGAAAGUGAUACGGAUUGCCUCUUCUGCCCACUUUCGUUUUAUUUCCGGUUAUUGUUGUGAUUUGUCAUCUUCCGACAUUUGGGCUGAAAACCAAAGUUCCAGACUUUCUAUAGUUUCCCUGAUUCAAUGAACUAUUCAAAAGUUGUGUCAGAACGCCGUAAUAAUCCACCGUUGUCACGGAUGCGUUUGUCGUUAUCCGUUAUAA